UGAGCCGCGGGGUGACCCCGGCGCGCGCCCCGGGAUGGCGGCGGGGCUGGGCCGGGGCCCGCUGUUCCUGCGCUGCUGCUCCUGGCGCAGCCUCAGCUCCGGCUCCGAGGGGGAGUCGCACCUGACGCGGGUCCUGCGGGAGAGGUUCCCCAGGGCCUCCUCCAUCAAGGUCGUGGACAUCUCAGGAGGCUGCGGGGCCAUGUACGAGAUCCACAUCGAGUCCGAGGAGUUCAGGGAGAAGAGGACAGUGCAGCAGCACCAGAUGGUCAACCAGGCCCUGAGUGAGGAGAUCAAGCACAUGCACGGGCUGCGCAUCUUCACCUCCAUCCCCAAGCCCUGAGGCUGCUCCACACCAAUAAAGUGCUCCAGGGCUGCUCUGGCUCUGCCUCCCUGGAUGUAUAAACUUCA